CUCGGCUGAUGCCUUGUGGAUCCGCGGGAUGAUGUCAUGUAUCAGUGCACCCCACGUGGGGCCCGCCGCUCUCCGAUAGGCAGAUGUGGCCAUAUUCCUUCCGAGUAAUGCGAUUGGACAGAUAGACGCUUCCACGGCAGUUCAGCCCUGCUGCCUGUGUGUGGCAACCGGGGGUAAGCUGGACAACUGGGGGGGAAAUGCGAGAUUGUGGAGAGUACCGUGUUACGCGUUUAAAGAACCUCUUCGACUCGUAGGAGAGAUUUUUUUUUUUUGGAAGGCUAUAUGUAUAUUUGUUUUUUGUUUUUUUUUUUUUUCUGUUUUGAAAGGAUUAACCAGCCGCGUAAGGAGCGCAUUCCUCGGAGGUUCAACACCGAAGAAUAAAGUAGUUUAAUCGAGCCCGACCGCACGAAAUUUUCUCCCAACUGCUCCCUCCAGUCUGGUCUAGUCUGGCUGGGUGCGUUCUGGAGACAGUGGAGGAUGCUUGUCGAGAUCUGCGUCCACAUUACGAGGGAUUAAACGCCUGAAUUGUACCGUUCUCUGUUUUUAUUUUUCUUCCUCACUGUCCCUCUCUCUCUUUGGGGAAACAACAGUCGGACCAACGACUAGGACGCACGUUUGGAAUUUCCACGACCUCCCCUUACCCCUCACCCCACCCGUGUCUGCUGAGACUGGUUUCUGUGAGCCAAAUUUCGACCAUUUUGCCAAAGGACCUGCACACUGGAGACAUAAACAAAGGAUACAUUUCAAGAUGUAUCCACAAGGCCGACAUCCGGCUCCACAUCAGCCCGGCCAGCCUGGCUUCAAAUUUACAGUCGCCGAGUCUUGCGACAGAAUUAAAGAUGAGUUUCAAUUCCUCCAAGCCCAGUAUCACAGUCUCAAGGUGGAGUAUGACAAACUGGCCAAUGAGAAAACGGAGAUGCAGCGCCACUAUGUCAUGUACUACGAGAUGUCUUAUGGGUUGAACAUAGAGAUGCACAAACAGACGGAGAUUGCCAAACGACUGAAUGCAAUUUUAGCUCAAAUUAUGCCUUUCCUGUCACAAGAGCACCAACAGCAGGUUGCUCAGGCAGUGGAGAGGGCUAAGCAGGUGACUAUGACCGAGCUGAAUGCCAUCAUCGGGGUACGUGGACUUCCCAAUCUGCCUCUCACCCAGCAGCAAACUGCCUACCCUGCUCUUAUGCAGCAGCAGCUCCAGGCGCAGCACCUCUCCCAUGCUGCUCACGGCCCUCCGGUCCAGCUGCCGCCCCACCCCUCGGGGCUGCAGCCACCUGGAAUCCCCCCUGUGACUGGCUCUGGAUCGGGCCUGCUGGCCCUCGGGGCUCUGGGCAGCCAAACUCAUCUCCCGGUGAAGGAUGAGAAGAACCAUCAUGACCUCGAGCACAGAGAAAGCACGAAUAACUCGAUAUCGCCAUCAGAAAGCUUGCGAACAGCCAGCGAGAAACAUCGCAGCUCCUCAGACUACAGCUUGGAUUCAAAGAAACGCAAAGUGGAGGAGAAGGACAGCAUGAGCAGAUAUGACAGUGAUGGAGAGAAGAGUGACGAUUUGGUGGUAGAUGUGUCUAAUGAGGAUCCCGCUACUCCACGGGCAAGCCCGGCCCAUUCCCCGCCAGAAAAUGGCAUCGAUAAACCGCGCCCACCCAAGAAAGACACGCCCAACAGCCCAGCGUCGGUGGCCUCCUCUGGGAGUACCCCGUCCUCCAAAGCCAAGGAGCUCAGUCACAAUGACAAAUCCUCCACGCCUGGUCUCAAAUCCAACACCCCCACCCCGCGUAACGAUGCCCCCACCCCUGGCACGAGCUCCACUCCUGGGCUCAGACCCAUCCUGGGCAAACCACCAGGCAUGGAGGCUCUUGCACCAGCUUUGCGGACCCCUCUGUCCAUUGCGGGCUCCUAUCCUACUCCCUUUGCCAUGAUGGGCCACCAUGAAAUGAAUGGAAGUCUGACGAGUCCGGGCGUAUACGCUGGCCUGCACAUCUCCCCUCAGAUGAGUGCUGCAGCAGCCGCAGCGUAUGGACGCACCCCCAUGGGUUUUGACCCUCACCCACAUAUGAGAGCCCCUGGCCUUCCAGCUAGCCUCACGUCCAUUUCUGGGGGCAAACCUGCGUACUCUUUCCACGUCAGCGCAGAUGGUCAGAUGCAACCUGUACCCUUCCCGCCCGAUGCCCUCAUUGGCCCCGGUAUCCCGCGUCAUGCACGUCAGAUCAACACGCUAAGCCACGGCGAAGUGGUGUGUGCUGUCACCAUUAGCAACCCCACCCGUCACGUCUACACCGGUGGUAAGGGCUGUGUCAAAAUCUGGGACAUCAGUCAGCCAGGCAGCAAAAGCCCCGUAUCCCAACUGGACUGUCUGAACAGGGAUAACUACAUCCGAUCCUGUAAGCUCCUGCCUGAUGGUCGCACAUUGAUUGUUGGAGGCGAGGCCAGCACUCUGACCAUCUGGGACCUGGCCUCCCAGACGCCCCGCAUCAAGGCUGAGCUCACCUCGUCCGCCCCGGCGUGCUACGCCUUGGCUAUCAGCCCCGACGCCAAAGUCUGCUUCUCCUGCUGCAGUGAUGGAAACAUCGCCGUUUGGGACCUGCACAACCAGACUCUUGUUAGGCAGUUCCAGGGUCAUACAGAUGGUGCUAGCUGUAUUGACAUUUCUCAUGAUGGUACUAAACUGUGGACAGGCGGCCUUGAUAACACUGUUCGCUCUUGGGAUCUGAGGGAGGGUCGACAGCUGCAGCAGCAUGACUUCACUUCACAGAUCUUCUCCUUGGGCUACUGUCCGACAGGAGAGUGGCUUGCUGUUGGAAUGGAGAGCAGCAAUGUGGAGGUGCUCCAUCAUUCGAAGCCUGACAAGUAUCAGCUGCACCUGCACGAGAGCUGUGUCCUCUCCCUUAAGUUCGCCUACUGUGGUAAAUGGUUUGUAAGCACUGGGAAGGACAAUCUGUUGAACGCUUGGAGGACUCCUUAUGGCGCCAGCAUAUUCCAGUCCAAGGAAUCCUCUUCGGUCCUGAGCUGCGACAUCUCAACGGACGACAAGUACAUCGUGACGGGCUCCGGUGACAAGAAGGCCACCGUGUAUGAAGUGAUUUAUUAGAACUGCUUAGGACGGCUUCGGAUCGGAGCAUGCCCAUGCUUAUGAACGGCAUGCUCUUCCUCCUCCGUCUAUCUUCCCUCAAACAGACUACAUGGAUUCUGCUUUGCAGGACAGGAAGUUUGGCAGUGCCAGACUGGAAUGGAUGGUGGCGCUGUUCUGGACCUGGAUUUUAUGUCUUGAUUAUUACAACACUCUGUACAGCAAGAGCGGUUUUGCGAAGGCACUGAGAAAAGGAAAUUAAACAAAAAGACGUCUUGCUGUUUUGUUUUUUUUCCCUGUUGGAUUUUUUUUUUAAUGCUUUCGAUUGUGGAGAUAAAGUUCCAUGACACAACUAGAAGCGGUGCUUCACUUUGGAGCUUUUCCUCGGAGGUCCUGUGAAAAGUGUACAUAAUGGAGUAAUAAAUGGCCUUUUAUAGAUUUAUAUUUUGGUGUCCAAUUUCGCUUGUGAUGGUUCUUUCUUGUUCUCUCUGUGAUUUUCUGUCCCCUUUGGGGAUGGAAAUUAGAUUAGGACUUUGUAAGAGGAUAUUCUGUUUCCUCCCCCCUCUCCCCUCUUUUCCAUUUUUUUCCCAUGUUCUUUGUCAAGAGCAACCUUUUUCGGAAAUCUAAUUUGGAGGGUUUUUUUUCCUUUCUUUCCCGACAACAGCUUUUUUUUUUUUUUUGUUUGCUACUUGGUACAAAACAGAUGCUUGUUCCAAGGAGUUUAGCCACAGAAGUCUCCGGAACUGCCCGUUUCCACCCCGCCCCCUGUCUGGAGGACGAAAAAAUUCAUUGUUUUCAGUUUUCAUUGGCCCACUGGCUUUGGUCAGCAGAAACUCAACUCUGAAAUGAAGAUCUGUCCCUGAACACUGGCUGCCUUCAGUAAUACCAAAAUGGAUAACUAACAACUGGGAGACUGAUGGAUUUCCUGAAAGGCAGCCGUGACUUGAGCUCAGAUGUUGACUCAACCAUUGUAUGAAAAUUCAUUGCUCCGCUCUGCAAAGUCAUCAGUCUGUGCAAGUUAAUUAUUGCCUUCCUUGUUUUGACGGCCUGUGACUGAUAUGCAAGACUUGCUUGGUUACACAGAUGGCAAGAAAAGCCACGUCCACAUUUGACAUCCUAGGUAUGCCAUUUGCUUUCUUCAGUACUCGCAAUAUUCUGCCUGGAAAACUCUUACAGCAACAACCUCUGCAUAAACUGUCGCAUACACUCAUCUUCACCCAUAAGGAUUGUACAGUAGACAGUUGUUGAUAAGUCAAUAAACUGUUUUUAUAUAAAGUAUAAUCUGGACUUGAUUUCUAACCUGCUGUUGCCAUUCUGCUUACCAAGGUGUUUAGUGAAUAGCUGAAUGUUUUAACUCUUAUUUAAUUUAUCUUAAAGAGGAUUAAACCUUAACAUGAAAGUAACAGAAGAGUCAGGGAGAAUCUGAAAAAAAUCCAACCCUGUUUUCACAAAAUCUGCAUAUCAGCUCUUUUUCAAAUAGUAAAAUUAUAUUUUUUUUUAUUUAAUUUUGAAUGACUUAUUUGCCUAAUUGUAUUUCCGUCAUUGUUUUGGCUGCUGUUUCAACUAGUUCACUGGCGUAGAUUAGUGCCAAGACUACAGAUGUCUGCAAAUGUUAAUUUGAAUCUCUUUAUAUUAAACUAGCAACUAUUAUGCUAAUAAGCUCAUUUUCAGAUGAGAUUUUGUGCAGCUUUUCUUGCAAGGGAAUAAAUAACAACUAUGUAUCCUCCAUCAAUCUUUGUGAUAAAUUCAGUUAAUCCAAAAUCUGAAACUUCUGAAACAUAAGGUGUUCUGUUGAAAUAAAUGGUUUUAGAUACAUUUUUCAAAGAA